UGAGUCCCAACUAUCUCCGCACACAAGGUGCACGCCUUCGUCUGCCGGAGGUUUAAAAAUGGUCGUAAAGUGGUCAGUUUGAGAGCGACGGACUCUUAUUUGUAAUUUAAAAAAACAAAACAAAACAAACAACGGUCGUUUACGCCACGGACGCCAGGUGAGCACGAGAACGAAAGACGAGUUAACGGCAACAUUAUUGUGACCACCGCGAGCCUGCUUUUGGCCGUGAACGACAGCAACGAUGUGGGAGCAGGAGGAAUUUGCCAAACACUGGCGGAACGAAUUCCCCGACGGUGAAGUCCCACAAAUGAACUUGAAUUCGAUAGAGGACAUCGAGUCGCAACUGGAAGCUUCCAAAGUCAACCUGAAGCGGCUGCAAAAGGCACUGUCCGAGGAGAAAUUCAAGGUUAUCUACCUGCAGACCACCAUGGCACGACAGCGGAAGGACGAGGCGGAAAAUGUUCUGGGGAAAGACGUCAACUGUCAAGCCGACACAGUCGCAACUCCCAAGAGUGGAAACUUGAGGAUAUCGCAGCGACAUGGCGACGAGUGCGAGGGGAAAAGGGCCCAUGUGUCUGACGCGGCGACUUCCUUCAGCCGGGAGCGGAACAGGUUCAGCGGCAAGACAGGCAAGCCCGUUCCCAUCCCCGUUCCACCUCGGAAGCCCAGCAAUCCGAGACUGAACACAACUCAGACGAGCAACAAUGAUGUCAACAGCGACCGGGAGUAUGAGGAUUUGGAACUGAAUGAGAAUUUCGUCAGGAAUAACCUGUUGGUACCAAAGGCGGCCAGCGGCUGUACUCCGAAGACACCCAGCAUCCAUCACCCGGACACCCGGCGGCCGUUCCGCCUCAGUAAAGACUUCGACUCCGGGGACGACGGUCGGAUGUCGCCGCCCUUCCUCCAUAUUGGACGCGGUUCGGGCUGCAGCACCCCUGACAGGAGGAGUGAUGGCUACCUCAGCUCCGAGCAUGAAGACUCCUCGUCUGCAGACUUUAACUACAACACAGACGGCUACGAGGGGGACGGCACAGAGGAUGGCAAGUCUCAAGAUUGCUCGGAGACACUGCCCUAUAUAGAUGAAUCCCCCACCAUGUCUCCCCAGCUGUGCACACCCCAAGGACCUGACGGAGAAAUGGUCUCCCCCACUCCGCCAGACAGCCUCCUGCAAGGGGGAGACAUUGAGAAAGGACUAGAGAUGAAGAAACUGGUGCUGUCUGGAUUCUUGGCCAGUGAGGAGAUCUACAUUAACCAACUGGAGGCCCUCCUGCUGCCCAUGCGUCCCCUGAAAGCGACAGCCACGACUUCGCAGCCUGUCCUUACCAUCCAGCAAAUCGAGACCAUCUUCUACAAAAUCCAAGACAUCUUCGAGAUCCACAAGGAAUUCUACGAUGCCCUCUUACCCAACAUCCGGCAAUGGGAUGAGAAGGUUACUGUGGGCCAUCUGUUCCAGAAACUGGCCAGCCAGUUGGGAGUGUACAAGGCCUUUGUGGACAACUAUAAGUUGGCACUGGAGACAGCUGAAAAAUGCAGCCAGGCCAACAGUCAUUUCCAGGAGAUAUCUGAGAACCUCAAAGUUAAAGGUCCUAAAGAUUCAAAAGACUGUACCUCAACAGCUACAAUGGAAGCGCUUCUUUAUAAACCCAUUGACCGUGUGACAAGAAGCACCCUUGUUCUUCACGAUUUGCUAAAACACACGCCAAAAGACCAUCCAGACUUCCCUCUCCUGCAGGACGCUCUGCGGAUAUCUCAGAAUUUCCUCUCCUCCAUCAAUGAGGAGAUUGACCCUCGCCGCACCGCUGUCACCACGCCCAAAGGAGAGGCUCGUCAGCUGGUGAAGGAUGGCUUCCUUGUGGAGGUGUCUGAAAGCUCCAGGAAGCUACGACAUGUCUUCCUCUUCACUGACCUGCUGCUCUGUGCUAAAAUGAAAAAGACCUCUGCUAGUCGUCACCAGCAGUAUGAAUGCAAGUGGUACAUCCCUCUUGCGGAUUUGAAUUUCCAGACACUGGAGGAGUCCGACUCUUGCCAUAGUAUCCAAGUCCUCCCUGAGCACGAGAUUGAAGAGAUCAAGAUUAAGAUAUCACUCUUAAAGAGUGAGAUACAGAAGGAGAAGAAAGCACCAAAGGGUCAGAACCGAGUGGAGCGUCUCAGGAAGAAGAUGAACGAACAGGAAUCUUGGCUGCUGCUUCACUCUCCUACAAUUCCUUUCCGUCUUCAUAACAAACAUGGCAAGAGCUACCUGUUCCUUCUCUCAUCUGAUUAUGAGAGGUCAGAAUGGCGAGAAAGCAUACAGAAGCUCCAGAAGAAAGACCUUCAAGCAUGUGUACUAACCUCGGUCGAGUUGCAGGUCCUUACUAGCUCCUGUUUCAAACUCCGAACUGUCCACAACAUUCCUGUCACCAGUAAUAAAGAUGAUGAAGAGACUCCAGGCCUGUACGGCUUCCUUCAUGUGAUUGUCCACUCUGCCAAAGGAUUCAAGGAGUCAGCCAAUCUGUACUGCACCCUUGAAGUGGACUCUUACGGAUACUUUGUGAGCAAAGCUAAGACCAGAGUCUUCAGAGACACCACAGAGCCUCAAUGGAAUGAAGAGUUUGAGAUAGAGUUGGAGGGAUCCCAGUUCUUGCGAAUCCUGUGCUAUGAGAAGUGUUACGAUAAGAGCAUGCUCAACAAGAAUGACAAUGAGAUUGUGGACAAGAUCAUGGGCAAAGGGCAGGUUCAGUUGGAUCCUCAGACGGUGCAGUCCAAGAACUGGCACAUGGACGUCAUUGAGAUGAACGGGAUCAAGGUGGAAUUCUCCAUGAAGUUUACGAGUCGGGACCUGAGCUUGAAGAGGACGCCGUCCAAAAAACAGAGUGGUGUGUUUGGAGUCAAAAUCAAUGUAGUAACAAAGCGCGAGCGCUCCAAGGUGCCUUACAUCGUCCGCCAGUGCAUUGAGGAAGUGGAAAAGAGGGGAAUCGACGAGGUGGGAAUUUACAGGAUCUCAGGGGUGGCCACUGACAUCCAGGCCCUCAAAACGGCAUUUGACACCAAUACCAAAGACAUCCUGGUGAUGUUGAGCGACAUGGACAUCAACGCCAUCGCGGGAACCCUCAAGCUGUACUUCAGGGAGCUGCCAGAACCUCUGCUCACUGACCGCCUGUACCCGGCCUUCAUGGAGGGAAUAUCUCUGUCCGACCCUGCGGCCAAGGAGAACUGCAUGAUGCACCUCCUGCGCUCGCUGCCUGACCCCAACCUCAUGACCUUCCUCACUCUGCUGGAGCACCUCAAACGGGUGGCGGAGAAGGAGCCCCUCAACAAGAUGUCCCUCCAUAACCUGGCAACAGUCUUUGGGCCCACUCUGCUCAGACCUUCAGAGUCCGAGAGCACAAAAGGGCAGAAUAUCACCUCCGCCUCUGAUAUCUGGUCACAUGACGUCAUGGGGCAGGUGCAGGUGCUGCUCUACUACCUUCAGCAUCCUCCCAUCACCUUCGCUGAGCUCAAGCGGAACACGCUCUACUUCUCCACCGACGUUUAGGCCCAUCUCGCCUCCCUCGGAGCGCGAGGGACCGCGUACGACCCCCGGUCCUGCAAACGGCAUCUCCUCUCGACUGUACAGUGUGUGGCCCCCACAAGCACACUCCACCUUGACCUUCACUCUCAGCACCGACGGUGACAUUUUUUCCGGGUCGUCUCCAUAUCAAAGUCACGUUUUGUAAUAUGAGGAGAGUCGAGCCGCCUCCGCAGCGAGCAGAUGAUAUUCCAUUCCAUUCGGGGACUGCACUGGUUCAGUUUUGCGAAAGAGGAGCGAUUUUCGGAGGCCACAGCCUGGCGCCGUGGCACAAGAUCGAGCCGGGAAUGCGUCGUGGACCUUUGUCCCCCUGCGCGGUCAUUCCACAGCAACUGCAUUUAUGUUUUAUAAUAAUUUUGUUGUUUCCUUUGUACGUCUUUCUGGCUUUGCGCGUGAGUGUGUGUGUGUGUGUGGGGGGGGGGGUGGGUAAAAGAUCUGAAUGAGUCUUUUUCUUAAACAGACAUUCCCUCCCCACUGGAUCUUGGCCAGAUUAGCCCUAUUUAUUUUAAAUAUCUAUAUAUAUAUAUAUAUAUAUAUAUAUAUAUCUGUGCCUGUACAGUUCUGUGCAUUUAAAGCGAUACUCUAAGGAGUCUGUUUUUUUGAAGUCUAUUCAGGUUAGUGGUUCUUUUUAAG